AUGGGCACCGCACCUGAAGGCUACGUCCAAGGCUUCGUCUGCACGCUGAAGACGUGCUCGGUGGAAAAAUGGGGCUACGUUCACUACCAGCCCAGCCUCGCCGGCAAUGCCCUCUUCCUCGUCAUCAUGGCCCUUCUCGCCGUCGCCCAGAUAUUCCUGGGCAUCAAGAAUAAAACGAAGGGAGUCGCAGCUGUCAUGGUGCUAGGUCUCGUGACCGAAACCCUCGGUUACGUCGCUCGAGUCCUUCUACAUGGGAAUCCGUUCUUCAGAGACUACUUCCUGUGGUACCUGAUUACUUUGACCAUUGGCCCCGUCUUUAUCGCCGCCGCCAUUUACCUGACCCUCGGGCGCAUCGUUGUCGUCUAUGGGGAACAAAUCAGCAGAAUCAGACCUAGCACGUACACAACCUUCUUUGUGGGAUGCGACUUCGUCAGUCUUUGUGUCCAGGCGGUCGGCGGAGGAAUCGCUGCAUCCACUCCGCUCACCAAUCAGCCUCUGAUCGAUACAGGAACACACAUUCUCGUCGCAGGUCUCUCAAUUCAAGUUGCCAGUCUCUUCUUUUUCUCAGCCUGCAGCCUUGAAUUCUUGUGGCGCGCGCACAAGCGUCCGGAACAGCGCAAUUCCGAAUUUGCAGAUCUUGUGAACAGCAAACGGUUCAAGUUCUUCCUCUACUCGCUCUUCACAGCAACGGCACUCUUGUUCGUCCGAACCGUCUUCCGUGCCGUUGAGUUGUCUCAGGGAUUCUCUGGAAAAUUGGCAAAUAGUGAGGUCGAAUUCAUGGUUCUGGAUGGGGUCAUGGUCAUCCUCGCAUCGCUCUGUCUCACAAUCUGGAACCCGGGCUAUGGCUUUGGCCAGCGGUGGAACGAGGCCAAGUUCGAAUUUGGCUCCAAAACGGGUAAGGGAGAAAGAGAUGCCGAAGCUCAGCAGACACCUGAAUCAAGGAGCACUGAGAAAGUGGAGCCCGAGGUGUCCGAACAGAGAGUCUGAGGGGGCGACCAACGCUCUCCACCACCAGUAGGAUGCCGAGUAGACUGGUUCCCAAGGAAUAGUCAAGCGGUUGCCUCACGAACCUCAAGGCACACAGGUGAAACGACCGACAGGCAUUACCCAUGCAUUUAAUCAACAUUGCAUCCAUCAUGAUGGUGUUCGCCAAAGGAUUCCACGCUUGCAUGGUGUCUAAGAUAUGUCGGGUAUCCUUGGAUACUGUGGGCUCAACCCUGUUGUAUAGAUUCGAAAUUGAAUACCACAUAUUUGGCGCGC